GUCAAUUUUAGUUGCGUUCUGUUUUCUAAUAAAAAUAAAGAAUAUCUAAAAGGUAAUUUAUAAAUAAAAGUAGAAAUACACAGUAGAAUUACAGUUUUUAGUUGUGCACACAUAUUUAUUGCCGAACCAACAAAACAUGAAUCAACAAGGAAUUACUAAAAAGAUACCAAUUCCCAAAGAUUCCAACAGAGUCGAUAAUUUAAAUGAGGUUCUUAAUGACUUCGUCGAGUUGUCGAAAAUAUCACAAAAAUUGAAAGUAAAAUACACAAAUUUAGAAGAAGAGCUUCAGGACCACCUUAAUAUAAUAUCGUUAUUAGAGAACGAUAAAGCUACAUUUGAAAGUCAAUUAAAAGUAACCCAAAAAAAAUUAAAUGAUACUAAAUUAAAUAAUAAUCGUCUUUUGGAAGAAAACUCAAAAAUACCGAUAUUAAAUGAAAAAAUUACAAACUUAGAAUGUCAAUUGAAAGCUAUCUCAAAGAACCUUCAAGAAAAUACCACUAAAUAUACCAAUCAGUUUAAAAGCGAUAUCUACAGAGCUAGAUUCAAAAAUUUAGCUUGUGCUAAAUUAUCUGAAGAAAAUUCGAAAAUUUCGAACUUAAAUGCAGAGAUUUCAAAACUAAAAAAACAAUUUCAUCAAACAUCUUUGGAAAAUGAGUUAAUUAAAGAAAAAUUCGAAAAACUUACAGCAGAAAAUGCAACAUUAGUACUAUUGAAACAAAACGUCGCUGGAAUUGGAGAACGAAAUUUCAAAUGUACUCAGCUAUCGUUAGAGAAUGUGGAACUAAAAAAUAAUUAUGAAAAACUUACAGCUGAAAACUCAACAUUAAGAGUAAAACAAGACGAUAUUUAUAAAACAACAUUGAUGCUAAAUCAGAAUGUCAAUACACUGGAACAAAAACUUAAACAUGUAACAUUACAGUUAGAAAAAGAAAUUGCGACAGGUAUUCAAUUAAACGCGGAGAAUCAAAAACUAAAAUCUUUAAGCCCAGCUACAAGAUCAGAAUCAGGACAAAUAGAGGAGAAUAUGAAAAUCCAGCAACUUGAAGAAAAGCUUAAGCAGUUGUCAGCUGAGCUUGAAAAAGAAGUUUCUAAAAAUAGCGCACUUGGAGAAUAUAACAAGCAGUUGGAUCGACUUAUAAGUGGAUUGAAAUCAAAAGCUAAAUCAGAAACUGUUUCUACAAAAUCAGUGGAAAAUUUGAAAAAACCACAGGAUCAAUUGAAUGUUAACAGCAAUUUUAAAGUUCUCAUUAGAGAUGUACCUACCGAUCAAAUACUCAAUCCAUUAGAAAAAACUAUAAUAGAUUUGGCUUCCAAAAUGUCUAUAUGUGUAAAUCGGGAUGAUAUAACCCAAGUACGUUUCAUGGAGCGUAAAGGCUUGAGCGAGUAUUCUAAUAAAGUUUCAUUGUUAGUUGAUUUCAAGACCUCUGAAAUAAAAACAAAUUUAUUUCCAAUCGCAGUAAAUUGAAAUUAAAUACUUCUACUAAGCACAUUCAGAUAAAAGAUUUUUUUUGAAAAUGAAGUAUAUUCAUUAUUAUUUUAUGCCAAUGAACAUCUUCAACCUAAUGGAUUUCAUAGAAUUUGGUGCAAAGACAAUCAAGUGUUUGCCAAAAAAAAUGAUUCUGAUACGGAAAUAGAAAUUACGUCCCGAAAUCAAGUCGAUGUACUUGCAAAGCCAAAUUGAAGAGCUUAAGUAUUUGUUAAAAGUAAUCAAAACGUGUUGCAUUUUAGGAAAACAGUAAUUAAAUAAACGAACAAUUUUGUUAAUUAAGGACGUGUAUGUAUAUAAAUUUUUACGAAUUUUUAAUAUAUAAAAUAAAAAUAAUUAAG